UCCAGUUGGCAGCGCGGCGGGCAUGUAGCCCUCAGCGGUGCCCUCAGGACCCCGAAGCGGAUGCAGGCUGCCCGGCACGGCGCCCGCAGGACCCCGGCGCCUACCCAUGCCGAGGUGAGUCCGCGGGAGUCGCCGCUGUCGCCGUCCCGUCCCCGCCGCCGCCCCGCGCGGCCCCGCCGCCGGCCAGGAUGUUGGAGGAAGCGGGCGAGGUGCUGGAGAACAUGCUGAAGGCGUCGUGCCUGCCACUUGGCUUCAUCGUUUUCCUGCCCGCCGUGCUGCUUCUCGUGGCGCCGCCGCUGCCAGCCGCCGACGCGGCGCACGAGUUUACCGUGUACCGCAUGCAGCAGUACGACCUGCAGGGACAGCCCUAUGGCACUCGGAACGCGGUGCUUAACACGGAGGCGCGCACCAUUGACGCGGACGUGCUGAGCAGGCGCUGUGUGCUCAUGCGGCUGCUGGACUUCUCCUAUGAGCGCUACCAGCGCGCCCUGCGCCAAUCGGCGGGCGCCGUGGUCAUCAUCCUGCCGCGGGCCAUGGCCGCCGUGCCGCAGGACGUCGUCCGGCAAUUCAUGGAGAUCGAGCCCGAGAUGCUGGCCAUGGAGACCAUUGUCCCCGUGUACUUUGCGGUGGAGGAUGAUGCCCUGCUGUCCAUCUACGAACAGACACAGGCUGCCUCCGCCUCCCAGGGCUCCGCCUCCGCUGCUGAAGUGCUGCUCCACACCGCCACCGCCAAUGGCUUCCAGAUGGUUACCAGCGGCGUCCAGAGCAAGGCCGUGAGUGACUGGCUCAUCACCAGUGUGGAGGGGCGACUGACUGGGCUGGGUGGAGAGGACCUGCCCACCAUCGUCAUCGUGGCUCACUACGACGCUUUCGGGGUGGCCCCGUGGCUGUCACACGGGGCAGACUCCAACGGGAGUGGCAUCUCUGUGCUCCUGGAGCUUGCCCGCCUCUUCUCCAGGCUCUACACCUACAAGCGCACCCAUGCUGCGUACAACCUCCUGUUCUUUGCUUCCGGAGGAGGAAAGUUUAACUACCAGGGCACCAAGCGCUGGCUGGAAGACAACCUGGACCACACAGAUUCCAGCCUGCUCCAGGACAACGUGGCCUUUGUCCUCUGCCUGGACACUGUGGGCCGGGGGGAUAGUCUGCACCUGCACGUGUCCAAGCCGCCCAGGGAGGGGACGCUGCAGCACGCCUUCCUACGGGAGCUUGAGAUGGUGGCCGCCCACCAGUUCCCAGAGGUGCGGUUCUCCAUGGUGCACAAGAAGAUCAACCUGGCGGAAGACAUCCUGGCCUGGGAGCAUGAGCGUUUCGCCAUCCGCCGGCUGCCUGCCUUCACCCUCUCCCACCUGGAGAGCCACCGUGAUGGCCAGCGCAGCAGCAUCAUGGAUGUGCGGUCCCGGGUUGACUCUAAAACCCUGACGCGAAACACGAGGCUCAUUGCCGAGGCCCUGACCCGCGUCAUCUACAACCUGACAGAGAAGGGGACUCCCCCAGACAUGCCGGUCUUCACAGAGCAGAUGAUCCAGCAGGAGCAGCUGGACUCCGUGAUGGACUGGCUCACCACCCAGCCACGGGCCGCCCAGCUGGUGGACAAGGACGGCACGUUCCUCAGCACACUGGAGCACCACCUGGGCCGAUACCUGAAGGAGGUGAAGCAGCACCACAUCAAGGCCGACAAGCGGGACCCUGAGUUUGUCUUCUAUGACCAGCUGAAGCAGGUGAUGAAUGCCUACAGGGUCAAGCCGGCCAUCUUCGACCUGCUCCUGGCCGUCUGCAUUGGUGCCUACCUCGGGAUGGCCUACACAGCAGUCCAGCACUUCGAUCUCCUGUACAAAACUGUUCAGAGACUGCUGAAGGCCAAGACGCAGUGACGCGACCGCCCGCACUCUCCUGCUCCACGCUGGUGGAGGGCAGGGCCUCACUCCCUCGGCGAGGAAACCCUGAAUUACAGAGCUUUUCUGUGUUGCUCUUGAGGAUUUGGGGGCUUCUUUCUCUUUUCUGUCCUUCGAGCUCCCUUGGAGGAGCAUUGGUGGAGGUCCAGGCCAGGCUGUGGACUUGGUCGGGGACAAGUGCGUGGACGAGCCCCCAGCCCCAGAGUCGGCCCCAUGGCCCUCAGGGCAUAAAAGCCACUGGAGGAAAGAGGAAAUGCCCCCAACACAGCCUGCCUAUGACUCUGACCUUGGACUUAGCAGUUGCAGGCUGAGGGGACCAGGGCCAGACCAUCCCCUCGCUGGCUCUGCGUCUGACCUCCAAGCUGUCCCCACCUGCUCUGGUGACUUGGAUACCCCCUUCUCUCCUCUCUGGAGAGGGCAGCGUCGCCCCUCCCUCGGCAGCCUGUGGCCCCACCCCAGCAAGGCUGAGGAGAGCCAGCCCAGGGGUGGCCCUGGGUCGAGACUCCCCUGAACACCCCCCUGUCCACCCCUCCCCUUGCUCCGCUCGCCCUUCUUUAGCUGCCUCUGCCCCUCCUGCCACCCCUGGAAGCCCAGCCCAGCUCCCCUGUCCCCCCCUCCCCCACCCGCCUUGGGACUUGCACUUAGCCUGUCCCCCUGGGGCACAGGUGUCAGCAGAGUCCCUGGGGCGAGAAGCAGCCCUUCUGCUCCUUUCCCUGGGCCUCGGGUUCCUCAUCUGUAAGAAGGAUGCACUGAGUGGGGGCGGGGGCAGGCGUCCCCACACCCCAGGAGGACAUGUGCCCUGGGGGCAGCUCUUCCCAACACCCCAAGGGGGCAGAUCUGAGCCGCCAGGCCUUGUGGGGCAUGAGCCCCUUGUAAGUGGGGAGGGGAGCAGGGCUGGGACUGACCUCAGGGAGACCAGGUGUACCGAUUCAUUAGCAAUAUAAUCAAUUAAGUGUUAGUGCUGGGGGGUCAGGGUCCAGGAGAGGGGAUUCAAGGAGCCUCCUGGCACCUGCCUCCUGGAUACUGAGGGGCCCCCAGGGGCCAGGACUGGCUCCCUCCAGAAGGAAGCCGGCUCACUGCUCAUUGGAGGGAACGGGCACGCCAUGGCCCUUCCUUGCCUCCCUGCCAGGUGGCCCAUCCCCCAAAGACUUUACUGAGCGCCCGUCACCCCGGGUGGGCUGGGGCCAGGGUCAGCCACCCUUCCCUGUGUGUGAGUGCAGUGGGUCGAGCCCGUGGAUGUGCGGUCAGAGUGGUGCCGAGUGAGCGUUCUUCCUCCCUGGGCAGGUCGUCAGGACCGCCGAGCUCAGGCUGGUUGUGGGACGCAGCCGGACGAUCAGAAAUAAAGCCAUAUUGAACGAC